AUGACCACAACUCAACUCCUCAACCAGCGCAAGCGCCAAAAUGCAGAGCACCAGCCACCUCCACGGAGCGAAACAUGUCAACGUCACUCCAAAAGAACGAAGCGAAGUCACGACAAUGAACCUCACUUUCCACCGGCUUUCUGGGAAAAUCUAUCUAGGAUUGAGCUGACACAUCGUGCUUUGAAAGAGCUUGAUCGAAGGAACAAUCAGGGGGCGCCGGAUUUCCAUCGAAUCCCUCCAACAUUACAUCGCCCGAUCACCAGAGGCGUUCUCGGUCAUGUCGAAAAGAGUCCCACAACUGCUUUCCCUUCCAGUUUCCUCUGUCAUCACGGGCAAAAGUCCCUGAAGGAUUUAAAAUGGUUUGCGAGAUUUGGCGGCCCAGAUUUAUCUGAUUUGAGAGCCUUUCCAGAACCUGUUGACCCUCCACAUCGCACGACGAGCUCAAACCGCCUUCAAUCGUCUGGCCGGAAACUCGACUCCCAAUCCCUUUCGACCUCUCGAUCCACCUCAAUUACCCCCGCCACCAAAAGCACGGGCCCGUACAACCGUAAUUUUCAACAAAACCUCAUCGAUGGUGGAGUCUACCCCCACGGAUACAAGUUCCCGGAUGGUCGAGUGCCCAAGAAACCAGACAAUUGGGUGGAGCUUAGUCGUCGAUUGGUAUUACCACGGCGCUCUCUCUCACCUUCUAAGUUCUCAGACAAAGAGCAUGAAAAGUUUGUGCAGGCGGAUGGAGACGCUGUCAAAGAGGAACAAGUGACCACAUCGGUAAUUCCAACUAUUGAGGGAAAUAUUGGCGAUAGCAAAUGCGUUUCUGGAGGGAUCGAAUUCGCAAACCUCCAUCAUCUCACGGACGGAACAAUCGCCCCUGGCAAUCCAGACAUCUACUACGGCGCACGUCCCGAACAGCUUGAUCGACGUGUGCGUGACGAGCUGAGUAGCUAUAUUAUUCCGUCGGCGCAGGACGGCCUGCCUAUCGCACCCAAUUUCUUUCUUGCGGUUAAAGGCCCGGCCGGAUCAUUAUCGGUUGCAGCCAAGCAGGCUAGCUACAAUGGGGCUUUAGGAGAGAGAGGCAUACUCAGCCUACUGUCAGAUGGACAAGAGGAACCAGUUUUUGAUAAUAACGCACAUACAAUUUCGUCAAUCUAUCAUGGGGGUCAGCUUAAGUUGUACACCAUUCAUGGUAUUCCGCCAACCAAUCCUGAAAGUCGGCCAGCAUAUUUUAUGCAUCAAUUGAGAUCAUUUGCCAUGGCUGAUACUGCUGAAACGUUCCGACAAGGAGCCACUGCCUACAGAAAUGCCCGAGACUGGGCGAAAGAACAGAGAGACGUGGCAAUCCCACUGUCGAACGGGCGGGUAAAUGACAGUCAAAGGACCGAACUUGCUGUUGAGGCGGGCUUUGAGCAAGUCAACAGCUUCACAAAUGAGCCUGCAUUGGACGAAGCCGAUACGACUGAGACUCUCAGUCAAGAGUCCCGAAUCUCGCUGAGCCACGAUUCCAACACCACGAUAGGCCUUCAAGGCUCUGAAUCCCUGUCGGACCUGCUCUCUAGGAAUAGUCGACCUGCCAAACGUCUGAACAGACAUUCCUGGCAACAUUCUCCCCCUCAGAGAAAGCGACACAAUGCUGCUGGCUCUUGA